UCUUGUCAUCUGAAGCAGUUUCCCUCUUUCAUGGUGAGAAAGUACUCAGGCGCUCAGGAUAUAAACAUGUUUUCUUUGCAAGCACUGUGCUUGCUUGCCUUUGUUACUGUCACUGGUUUGUCAUUGGGGAAUGCCGAAAAUGAAGGUUUUGCUGCUGCUAACUGGGAAGAAUUAUUAGAAUAUGACCGAACUCAAAUUGAAAAUUAUCCUCAAGAUGCCAAACAUAAAGUUUUCCCUAGGGACUGUUCAGAAGUCAGAAGAUGGGGACUGAAACACAUCCACACCAGCGGACUUUAUAUUAUCCAUCCCAAGGGUGGCACGCCUCUAGUAGUCUUCUGUGAUUUGAGCGGACCUAAAGGGGAUUGGACAGUGAUUCAGAGAAACCACGGCAGUAACAACUUUAAUGAGACAUGGGAAAGAUAUGUAUCUGGCUUUGGGAGUCCUUUGAACGAUCACUGGAUUGGGAAUUUUCACCUUCACCACUUAACGAAGCAGUGGAUAUACAUACUGAGAGUUACUCUCGAAAACAGCGCUGGGGCUAUAGCAGUAGUAGAUUAUUAUGGGUUUGCAGUAGAUGGGAAAACUGAUGAUUACACAAUCAGACUAGGGUAUUCCCAGGGAAAUAUUACAGGUACUUUCAAUGAUAAUGUAAAAUUUGCAACCUAUGAUCAUGACACUGCAAGUGAAUGUGCAAGUCAAAAUGGUGGUGGCUGGUGGUAUGGAAACUGUAACACACCUGUACUGAAUAGUAGAACAAUAACCUGGGGUGAGUUCUGUAAAGGCAGUUGCCGAAGAACAGUUAUGAAGGUUAGACCAGUCUGUCAGAAAAAAUAAAAAGAUAUUCAUUAUUUUACCUAGUAACAUUUUUCCUGCUUUUUUCAAAAAUUAUAUCAGAAAUGUGCUGAACAAUUUAUGGUUGUUUCCCAUGCAGGCACUAACAAUGUAAUUUACUAAAAUGUAAAAAAUAUACAGUGCAGAACCUUAAGUCAAAAACAAAGCUAAGUAACUUUGUACCAAAACAAUAGCUAGCCUUUCACUUGCUUAAGAACAAAC